CUUGAAGGGAAACGCCCACUCCUCGGUAUAAUUCAGCAUAUAUUUUUCCUGGCCAUCAUUCAACCUUUGGAAAUCCCACUUCAGCACAUCGAUCCCCGUCUCCUCCCUCGAAGCGAAAUUACCAAAACAGCAAGAAAAAGAAACCACCCACCAUGGCGCGCCCUCUCGACCCCCUCGGCUUCGAAGACGAAAUGUGCCCCGUCUGCAAAUCGCGCAAGUAUCUCAACCCCGACAUCGUCUUCGUCUUCAACCCCGAAUGCUAUCACUCCAUGUGUCUCAACUGCGCCAACCGACUCUUCAACGACGGACCCAAUCAAUGUCCGCACGCCGGCUGCAACAAAACGCUCCGUCGCAAGGGCUUCCGCUCGGCUUUUUUCGGCGACUUGGCCGUCGAGCGCGAGGUCGACAUCCGCCGUCGCGUGGCUGCGGUGUUCAACCAAGUCGAGGACGACUUUGAGACGCUGCAGGAUUAUAAUAAUUACUUGCAGAUGGUGGAAGAUUUGACGUUUGAACUUGUCAAUGGGACGGAUGAGAGGAGACGGCAGGCGGAGGCGCAAUUGCAGGCAUGGGAGGCGGAGCAUAGGGCGGAUAUUGAACGGAAUAAGAAGGCGGGGAGGGAGGCGGAUGAGAUUUCAAGAAAGAGGCUGGCAGCCGAAAGGGAUGCUGUGAGACAGAGGAGGAUUGAGGCUAUCAAGGAGGCGGAGGCGGAGAAAAGAGAGAGGGUGAGGAGUCGCGAGAUGGAGCUGGAUAAUCUGGCCAAGGGAACCACUGCUAUGACAGCGGAGCCGGCGACGAAGGUGCAGCUAAAGAGGCGUGGGCAGGUGAAUCGGGUUGCUGAAACAGCUUCCAACCCUACCAUUGCAACAACGGGAAUGGGCACGGGCGCGUCGGAGGUUGAGCGUUUGUCCAUCCGCGGCUUGAAGGAGAAGCCGAAGGCGCCGGCGCCACAGGGCCCGUACGACCCCUUUGGCGGCAUGGACUUUGCGCCUUGUCGGUACAAGCUACAUGGAGGCUUGAGUCACCCGCUUAUGGAGAAGUACCGGUUGGACAGACAGCACGUUGCUGGUGGGUACAGCUUUGACGACUUUGCGGCGCGCGCCUUGUAUGAAGCGUUUGCUGGGUUGGGUGUGUUUGUUGAGGAUGAGAAGGAGGUUGGCAGUGGUAUUGGGUUGUCACAAGAGACGAGCAUGGCGGCGGGGAUUGCCGCUGUGGGUGACGCGGACAAGAUGGAUUUGGACUGAGAGUGGUUCUGGACCGGUAUGCCCUGGCCUUUUGGUUGGCGGUAGUGGUGUUUUUGUUGCAUAGCGACGGCGUUCACUCAGCGAUUGAAUAUUUUUCUUUUUUCCUCUCCGACGGAUCUUGAUUUCGGAACACACAUGAGGCGGGGCCAGCAUCAUAUAAAUCAACUU